AAAAAUUACCAUGCGAUGGUAAUAUCAAGUAGUGAUCAGAGAAAGCUACGCCAUAAUGGAGUCGUUAUGGAGUUUGAGAGCGAUAAUGGAGUAAUGUUUGCAGUUUUGGCUUCAUAAACAGUAAAGAGUGAUUAUUGGUGAUCUUUAAUCAUGGCCCAAAGAUUUCCAGUACCUAAUACUGGGAAUAAUGGUCCACCAACUCAGAGAUACCCUCCACCAUCAGUUCCCCCAAAUUUGCGUCAGUAUGCUGGGCCAAAUUUUCCGAUGCAACAAAGAUCGGGAUUCACUCCUCCACCACAAAUGGGAACUGGAGGUCCUGGACCCGGUGGUAUAAUGCGACCUAAUCAACCGUACACAAACAUGAGGCAAGGGUCAAUGGCAGCACCUCCUGGAGGCAAAAGAGCAGAUCAGCGCAUACCUAUUUCACAACAAAAACCGUAUUUUUGGAACAGUGAUUUUUCACAUUCCACUUCGAAGAAGAAGAAGAAAUUGGCUGAUAAAAUAUUACCUCAGAAAGUGCGUGAUUUAGUACCAGAAUCACAGGCCUAUAUGGAUUUACUCGCAUUUGAACGGAAAUUAGAUGCGACAAUUAUGAGAAAGCGUCUUGAUAUUCAAGAAGCUCUUAAACGUCCAAUGAAACAGAAAAGAAAAUUACGAAUAUUUAUUUCUAAUACUUUUUAUCCUGCCAAGGAGGCUGGUGAAGGUGAAGAAGGUUCUGUAGCGUCUUGGGAGCUUCGUGUUGAAGGUAGACUUUUGGAUGAUACUAAAAAUGAUCCUAAUAAGGUGAAAAGAAAGUUUUCGUCAUUCUUCAAAAGUUUAGUAAUUGAACUAGACAAGGACUUAUAUGGUCCUGAUAAUCAUUUAGUAGAAUGGCACCGUACAUUAACCACGCAAGAAACUGAUGGAUUCCAGGUUAAACGUCCUGGAGACAAAAACGUUCGAUGUACGAUUCUUUUACUUUUAGAUUAUCAACCAUUGCAAUUUAAAUUGGACCCAAGACUUGCCCGUUUAUUGGGAGUUCACACUCAGACUCGACCUGUAAUCAUAUCUGCAUUAUGGCAAUAUAUAAAAACUCACAAAUUACAAGACAGUCAUGAACGGGAAUUUAUUAACUGUGACAAAUAUCUCGAGCAAAUAUUUGCAUGUCCACGUAUGAAAUUUGCUGAAAUCCCACAACGAUUAAAUCCUCUUCUUCAUCCUCCCGAUCCAAUUGUUAUUAAUCACGUAAUAAGCGUUGAAGGCACAGAAACUAAACAAACUGCUUGUUAUGAUAUAGAAGUCGAAGUUGACGAUACCCUCAAAACUCAGAUGAAUAAUUUUCUUUUGUCUACUGCAAGCCAACAAGAAAUUCAAAGUUUGGAUAACAAAAUUCAUGAAACUGUUGAAACAAUUAAUCAAUUAAAAACAAAUCGAGAAUUCUUCUUGAGUUUUGCAAAAGAUCCACAGCAAUUUAUUAAUAAAUGGAUUAUUUCGCAAACAAGAGACUUAAAGACAAUGACUGAUGUCGUUGGAAAUCCAGAAGAAGAACGAAGAGCUGAAUUUUAUUAUCAACCAUGGGCUCAAGAGGCUGUUUGUCGUUACUUUUAUACUAAAGUACAGCAGAAACGAGCAGAAUUGGAGCAAGCUCUUGGAAUUCGAAAUUCAUAAAUUUAUUUAAUCAUUGUAGAUAUAAAUUGUCAUUUUCGAAACUUUUUAAUGAUGGUAGAAAAAACAUUUUUCAUUAAG